CAAAUGUUGGAAUGACAUCUGACAGCAAACCAAACAAUUUAUCGAUUUAUGUGUGACCUAAUAAGAAGCACUGUGUAUUUCUUAAAGUGAACAUGUCUUCAAUUAUACAAAGAGACGAUAAUAUACCACUUGCUGAUGAUGACCCACAAGUAAUCAUUACUGAUGAGGUGGACAACAAUCGCUUAGAUCAUGGACGAUCCAUGGAUUCUUUGCCUAGCUCAUACACAGGUGGUUCAUCCAGCCCCGGACUAAACGGACCUCCUAGCUUCGAUCCAGAUUCAGGUAUAGACGAACAAGAAGAAAAAGCUCGUCUAAUCUCACAAGUAUUGGAACUGCAAAAUACUCUAGAUGAUUUGUCCCAGCGAGUGGAUUCAGUAAAAGAAGAAAAUUUGAAACUACGUUCAGAGAACCAGGUUCUUGGACAAUACAUUGAGAAUCUUAUGUCCGCUUCAUCUGUGUUUCAAUCGACUACCAAUGUUCACAAAAAGUAAAUUUACACUCAUUAACAUGGAAAAAAGAAAUUUGACCAAAUCAAAUUUAACAUAUGACUGAAUGUGAAGAAUAAAAGUAUACUGGGUACAUAGUACUGUAAUUGGCAAUUUUCUUUCGUAUCUAAUUGUACCCAUAAUUUGUCUAAGCACCUACAGCUUACAUGCUGCCUGAAGUAUGGCACAAAAGUGUGGAACAAGCUUAGCUUUUAAAGCAUGUUGUAUGUUCACAAAUUUAAUGUGGUAGUUAAGGUAAUAUCUAGCUAGCAAACACUUGUAUAUUCAUAGUUAAUGUUUUAAUUUCAAGUUAAUAUGCUUUAUGUCUAAAAAUGAAUGGUUAUCUUAUUAGAAAUUCAUGGAUAUAGUUUAUUACAUAUGCAUUUGUACAUUCCAAUCUUAUGAUAAAUAGGAUCAAAUGUAAACAAAAUAUGAUGAUGCUCUCUUGUUGUAAUCUCAGUUUGUAUAAAAUAUCAAU